AUGGUGGAAGAAAAUGAAGAACAGCUGCUAUCGACAACAACCGAAUCACCGAGCAAACGCUUCGAAGCGACGCCCACACCGACGACAAACAUCGAACGAGCUCUCUCGCACAAGCGAAAGGCCCAAGAACUUCUGGCCCAAAUUCGACAAGCCACCAGUCCGCCCGUUGAACAAGAACAAAACAAACGGCGAAGAAGAAGCGAGAAUUAUAUGAACGGGUACAAGAGACGGGUUGCCACUUUUACGAGUUUAAAAUGGAAAGCCAUUCCGGAGAUUUCACCACGGGAUUUUGCUGAAUAUGGAUGGGUUAUGAAAGGUUCUGAGUUAGUCGAGUGUGCAUCAUGCUCAAAAAUUAUUAGUACGGUUCUUCCGGAUAUUAAAGAAUGUUUGGUUGCGACGUACAUCGCUUGUGUCAAACACGUUCGUGAGAAACUGGUGAACGCUCAUGAAAACAUUUGCGUCUUUCGAUCACCAUCAGCGGAUUAUUUUUCGGAAUUCAGAGAUUCGAUCGACUCGUUGAAACUUUUCUAUAGAAUAACAUUUGAGGAGUUGAAGAGAGUAGACUUUGGGAAGUACAAGUAUGAAGAUUCCGCUUUCAAAUCAUUGUUAACUGAGAUUUUCGGAGAAAUCAGCGACGCUGAGCUUCCGGCUGCGUCUUUUGCCGUUUUACAAUGGAUUCCGAUUACUAAGAAUCCUAAAAAAGUUGAGUGUGGGCUGUGCGCUCGUGUUUGUGUGCCUUCAAUUCUUCCCACCGACACUCCUCCUGCAUCUCAACAUUACAACUGGUGUCCACUUCUCGAUUUCGCCGCAGAUGGCUCGACGCCUAUGUGGGAAGAACUUGCCAGCUAUUUCAAGAAGUUUGAAAAGAAGAAACCCCUCGCUGAUGCUUUCCGUGCCCGAGCUCGACUUUCGAAUACGCUUUCAACUUCACUUACGUCACUUAUAGCGGAA